AUGGCUUUGAUGUUUCAUUUAUCUGUUGAUGCUUCUUUUACAGGCCUUGCAAAGCCAGCUUCUGUUAUUGAAACAUUCUGUGCUGAUGAGCUGGUUUCACGUUAUAUAACACUUGAUGGCGUUGUUAUUUUGGUUGACUGUAAGCAUGCCAUGCAGCAUCUAAAUGAGGAGAAACUGAGAUUUGUGGUGAAUGAGGCAGUGGAACAGAUUGCCUAUGCAGAUCGUAUUAUUCUGAACAAGAUAGAUUUGGUGACUGAGGCUGAGUUGGACAUUUUGACCAAGAGAAUUAAGCAUAUCAAUGGGAUGGCUCAAAUAAAGCUCGCUAAACAUGGGGUUGUUGACAUGGAUUUUGUUUUGGGAGUGGGAGGUUAUGACCUUGAAAGAAUUGAUUCAGAAGUUCAGGGUGAUGGCUCUCACUUGGUUACGCAUUCACAUGAAAGUGGGCAUGGUGAAUGUUAG